AGGUGUUGUUGCAAGCGUUUGCUCUACCGUUUCUCGGUUUGUUUCCCUGACGCGAUUUUUUAAUUUCCCGAUGCGCGUUUAGGAGAAUUGAUGGCGGGAGUUGGAACAUCAAUGCUUGGAUCCGUUCUACUGUUUGCAGUGGUGCUCUCGCUCCAAGAAGUGUACAGAGGGAAAUUAGCUUCCUCUGAGAUUUUCACGAUCCUUGGAGGCUUCACUAGCUCCCUCCUCUUCCUCUUCUCUCUCACUUUCAUUGGAAAUCUCCAGGAGUCUUCUGGCAUGAAGAGUGGCUGGGGUGCUGUGAUUGUUGCGGAAAUUUUAGCUCUUGUUGCUGCUAGCACGGUGCACCGAGUUUGCAUUACCACCUGUUUCUUGUUCUCUGCUGGGCUGUUAUACGAGAUGAGCAAGAUCUCAGGGUAUAUGAUCGCCAGAGUUGACUCCAAAUCUAAAAGGCACUGAAUCAGAGAGAAGGGGAUUACUAAGUUACUUGAAUUUUCUCGAAAUUUGAUAUCUUGUUUAGCACCUGAAAGUCUCAAAGAUACUUUACAACUAUGAAUUUUAGGAUUUUCCGCGCAUAUUAUGGUUGACUUGGUCGAUAUUGCACUUGUGUUCUGCGUUCUUAUAGAAACCAAGACCAAAUGGUCAGACAGACGACCACGUCUCUAUAAAGUUAGGCUUAU